UCAGAGCCGCGCUCGGGACGGUGCAGAGAGACAGAGAGAGGCAGCGGAGCGGAUAGUUGGUGCAGAAACUGGGGGAAGUUUGUUGCGAAGCGGCGAGAUGAGCGGCUUGGACAGGAUGGGCGGUGAGCAGAGAGGUUCCAGCCGGAGGACCAGCACCGCCAGCAGCAGCGGGACUGCGGACUGUCCGGUGGGAAACACCCACUCAGUGUCCGCCGGCAGCUACUGGCAGGACCCGCUGGCCAUCGACAUGAGCCGGAGCGCAGUGCCCGCUCCGAAGCACCGCAGCCGGGAGCUCCGGGCUGUCUAUGUGAUCAAUGAGGGUCCGGGUCCGCAGUCCCAGGACAGUCUGUCCCUCAAGUGCCUCCGGGAGGCUUGUGAAGAUGCCCAUGCUGUCCUACAGACCGUGCCCUUUGGCAGGCUGGUGCUGGGGGAGACUGGUAGCCUGGAUUGCUUCUACAACGCAGAUGUUGCAGUGGUGGAGAUGGCUGACCCUUACUGUCAACCUUCACUCUUCUAUCAUCUUGGCGUCCGCGAGAGUUUCAGCAUGACGAACAACGUGAUCCUUUGCUGCAACAGUAACCUGACAUUGCUGCAGUCACUACAGGACAUCAUUUGCCAGAGAAAUAUGGGGUGUUAUGGCAGCUACACCUUCAUUCCGUAUAUCGUGACGCCCAGUGGUAAGGUCUUCUGCUGUGAAGCCAGUGUAAUGAAAUGUCUGACAGAGAUGUUCCAGCCACACUUUAACUUGGAGCCUCUCCUCAUGCCCUUGGUUGAACGUCUCACUAAACUGCUGGAGGAGACCCAGAUCAACUCCUGUGAGUAUUUUCGAGAAACUAUUCAGAAUGAAAUCCGCAAAGUGAGGGAGAUGUACAGUGGGAAGGAGCUGCGGGAUGCGCUUGCACGGAUACAACAGCGCCUAGACAGCGUAGAGCUUCUGAGUGCCGACAUUGUGAUGAACCUGCUGCUGUCAUACCGUGAUGUACAGGAUCUCAACGCAACCAUCAAGCUGGUGGAGACUCUGCAAAACCUGCCGACAUGUAAUGUGGCUGAGCUUCCGAAUAUCAAAUUUCAUUACUGCUUUGCAUUAAACAGGCGGAACCAACCUGGAGAUCGGGAGAGAGCCCUCUCGGUGAUCCUGCCAGUUGUGGAGACUGGGCGGCAGAUCUCGUCUGAUCUUUACUGUCUGUGCGGGCGUAUAUACAAGGAUAUCUUCAUCAACUCUAACUUCACGGACUACGAGAGUCGAGACAAGUCUUGUUACUGGUAUGGGAAGGCAUUUGAGCAUGAACCCACACUGCACUCGGGGAUUAAUGUCGCUGUGUUCCUCAUGGCAGCAGAACAUCAAUUUGAUACCUCACCUGAACUUCGAAAAAUAGGUAUGAAACUGAGCAGCUUACUGGGACGGAAGGGAAGCCUGGAGAAGAUGCAGUUCUACUGGGAUGUGGGCUUCUUCUUAGGCGCCAGCAUCUUAUUCAACGACCAAACAAAGAUCAUUCAGGCCUCAGAGAAGCUGUACAGGCUGAAUGCCCCUGUCUGGUACCUGGCGUCAGCAAUGGAGACCUACCUGCUCUACAAGCGCUUCAAGCCAGAGACCAGCGAGCAGCCUUUGGCCAAACAAGAGUUGGUGGACUUCUGGAUGCAAUUCUUACUGUCAAUCUGCAGGGACAAAGAGCCCACGGAUAAAUUCCUGGUCCUUAUCUUGGAGCCAACAAAGGUCUUCCAGCCAACCCACCUCAGCGUGAGCGACAGUGACAAGGACAAGGCUGUGAGCAUGUGGCAUGUCUCACCCGAUGACAAGAACGGAAUCUACACAUGGACUUUCAGCGCAGCCUCUAUCCGGGGUGUGAGUGUCUCAAAGUGCAACGAGCGUUGCUGCUUCCUCUACGUGUUGCACAACUCCGAUGACUUCCAGCUCUACUUUCCAACAGAACGACACUGCAAAAGGUUCUGUGAGCUGCUGAGCUCAUUCACACAGGAAGCCAAGUUGAACAUUGACGAUGGGCUAAGACAGAUGGAGGAGCUUUUGGAAUACAGUUAUGAAUACAUGGAGAAUGGAAACCGGCUGAUCCUGGGGAAGGGAACAUAUGGUGUUGUGUAUGCUGGACGGAACAUUAGCAACCAAGUCCGCAUCGCCAUCAAAGAGAUUCCAGAAAGGGACAACAGGUACUCUCAGCCUCUUCAUGAAGAAAUCGCUCUCCACAAGCGCUUGAAACACAAGAAUAUUGUCCAGUACUUGGGAUCAGUUAGUCAGGACGGAUACAUCAAAAUCUUCAUGGAGGAGGUCCCAGGAGGAAGCCUGUCUGCGCUGCUGUGCUCCAAGUGGGGCCCACUCAAGGACAAUGAAGCCACGAUCAUUUUCUACACGCGCCAGAUCCUGGAAGGCCUGAAAUACCUGCAUGAGAAUCAGAUAGUGCACAGGGACAUUAAGGGAGACAACGUCUUGAUAAACACAUACAGUGGAGUGCUGAAAAUCUCUGACUUUGGAACAUCAAAGAGGCUUGCGGGAAUCAAUCCCUGCACAGAAACAUUCACAGGAACUCUCCAGUACAUGGCCCCUGAGAUUAUUGACAAAGGACCGAGAGGUUAUGGAAAACCUGCAGAUAUCUGGUCACUGGCCUGCACUGUCAUUGAAAUGGCCACAGGAAAACCACCCUUCUUUGAACUGGGAGAGCCUCAAGCUGCUAUGUUUAAGGUUGGAAUGUUUAAAAUCCACCCGGAAAUCCCAGAGUCCAUGUCCCAGGAAGCAAAGGAUUUCCUUCUGCAUGGCUUUGAACCCAAUCCCGACAAACGGGCCACAGCCGGAGAGCUCCUGAGGGACCCAUUCCUGAGCCGGAAGAAAGCGAAAGCCUCGCCAAAGCCAGGUGAAUAUUAUCACAGCCUGUCUGUCCCUGCAUCAGGACACCUCAAGGAUGGGAGUGAGACUCGACAUCCCUUGGAUUUCAAACACAAUGUGCCUUUCCUGGCUCGGAGCUGCUCAAUCCCAGGUCUAUCUGUCAAAAACAGCUCGCCAAAACAGGAGUUUCUGAGUGUACUUGAGGAACAAGUGGAUGACUUCAGCAUCCCCUCCUCACCGGAAGAAAAUGCUGGACUGUUCCUAUUGCAGAAGGACAGCGAGCGAAGAGAUAUGCUGUUCAAAAUCCUGACAGAGGACUGUGAAACUGUGGUCCAGAACAUUCUAGAAGCCCAGGCACAGAACUCCAACUCCAAGUUAACAUGUGAACACAUCCGGCAGCUGGUCACCUGUCUGAAGGACUACAUUCGAUCUUCAGACCACAAGCUGAUUGUCAAAGCCUUGUGCAGCCUGCAGACAGAGCUACACUUUGACAAGAGAGUUCUCAACGAAAUCCAGAUCAUCAUCUUCAGCUUCCAAGAUGCUGUGAUAAAAAUCCUUCGACGUCACCAGAUUAAACCCCAUUGGAUGUUUGGCCUGGACAACAUCAUUCGCAAGGCCAUACAGAUAGCCUUCAGCAUUCUAUUCCCAGAACCGAAGCAAGACUUGCAGGGCUCCUUUGAUCAAGAGAUGGACGAACAAGGCACGGACAACAUUCUGGGGAAGUGGAGUGGGAGUGAUUCCGAUAUGCGGGAGCCAGAAGCACUGGAGCUGCAGAUGGAUGGUGCAGGAACCUCGGGCGUGAGCACGCUGAGUUGCUCAGUGUCCCACGAUUCCCAGCCCAACACCUGCCCUCUCAUUUUGCAGCUGAGCCAACUGAGGGCAGAUACAAACCGCCUUCUGGAAGAUCUUGCAGAAAAAGAGAGAGAUUUCCAACAGCUUCUUUUACAAGCCCUCCAACAGAAGAACCACGACCUUAAGUCGCUACGAAAAACCUCAGAACCCACAGAUAUCUUUUCAGUUGCUCUUUGUGGCUUCCAUACGACCUCUGUGGACUCCGAAGCUGAGGAACUCAAACGGUGGCUGUUGACAGCACAAGCCGAUCAACGAACAAUUGACAAGAUUGUAGCCAAUGGUUACACACUGCAGGAUCUUCUCACUGAUGUAACAAGGGAUGAUUUGAAAUACAUCCAGAUAAGGGGUGGAAUGUUGUGCAGACUCUGGGCUGCAAUCAGUUCCCACAGGAAGGUGGAGGGUGAGAAGUAUGCACUGGCCACCCACUGCUCAGCUUUCAAAAAGUGAACGCCAUCAAGCACCAAGGUGAGACUAAACACUAUGACACAGAACUGACAGAGACGCCGGCAAAAGACUCGUGCUUUGAGAACAUGCACCUGCUCUGGAAUGGCAGUGAAGGGACCGAAGCGAGAGCCACAGACCAUCUCCCAUGGCUGGGAAUGGUGCAACUGUCACUACCACAAGUUUAAUCUCGGAGCUGCACCCAUCUCAGACAUGUUUAGGAUUGUGCAACGUCAGAAAGCCGGUAAUAAUUUGAUGUUCACAAUUUGCACUCGGUGUGAUAUUCACAGUGAUUUGAUGUUCACAACUGGAACUUGCGUGCGCAGUGGCACAAUUGUUUACAUAGCAAAUAACCAGCAGGACCACAGGGUGGGGGCACACAGGCUGGAGCGGGCCCUGCGCUGGGACCUUCCCCUCGCCCUGAAACCCUGGUGGAUACUCUGCUUGUCGUCCCUCCUUAUGGAGGGCAAACAGGCACUUUAGUUUCAAUCCCAUUCCAAAACCUAAAUACUCUGAUUUCCUUGUGCUGUAAUUAGAUUUGUCAGUUCUGGUUGGACCUAUCCCUGUAGGCUUCAUCACCUGACCUCCUACAGCCUUUACCCUCAUCACCAAUACUUUCAGAACUUGUGAACAAAAAUGUUCAAAGCAAUGAAGACAAACUUUUUUAACGGUUUUUCUCCAGGGUUGCUCACAGCAGUAUCCCGGAGAUUCAUUUUCAAUCCCUGGAAACUCCAGGGAAAUCCUGGAGCUUUGGAAAUCUGGUCAUCAUGCAGGUAGCAGGUAGUAAUGUCCACAACAUUAGCAUUUCUUACCUAAUAUUUUAGAAAAACAUAUUUAUUAAAACAAUAUAUUGCAUAAAUAUUCUUUGAUGGGGUGAUCUAGAUUCCUGACGAGCACUUUACCUCCAACUAGGAUAACAUUGUCUGUCUCUUAAUUCGUUCAUCUCAGGAUAACCCACACACAAACCAGAACUGCAACCUUUGACCUUCCUAGUGUCCACAAUCCCGACCCGCGCUGGGAAACAUUUUUACUGAUCAAGUCACCAGGGGGAGCUUUCCCAACAAUCCUGCGCAUUAUUGUUGACUGGGAGUCUAUAAGACAGUGCACUGAGGGGCCACCCAGCUGCAGAUGCCCAGUAUCAUUCUGGUAAAUUCAGUGCCAAUAUAUGCUUCUUGAGGUGCUGUUCCCGGAACUGAACGCAGUACGCCAACAGAUGCUGACCAAGGUUCUCUACCACUGAAGCCUAACUUUAUCAUAUUUGCAUUUUGGCUCGAUUGAGAGAUAGGUCAGAAUUCCUUUUUAAUUGCUUUUGAAAUCAUUCAAUAGCUUUUAGUGGUUUGACUUCCCAAAUAAGUACCUGUUUCCCAUCUAAACACCUCAACUGACUCAAAAGCCAUGGCCUCCUGCGCUGGUGCCAUCUGCAUUUUCACAAACCUUCCUGUGACAAAUUUGGACUUCUAAACAGUUCAGGUUGAAUUUCCAACAUUGUUCUUGUGUUUUCUGUUUGUAUCACAGUAAACCCAGCGGGUUUUCCUUCAGUAACAUAGACCUGCCAUCUGUUACCAUCCUCUACAUGAUUUGAAUCAGAGACCAUAAGACCAUAAGACAUAGGAGCAGAAAUUAGGCCAUUCAGUCCAUUGAGUCUGCUGCACCAUUCAAUCAUGGCUGAUAAGUUUCUCAACCCCAUUUACCCGCCUUCUCCCCGUAACCU